AUGGUGGUGUGGACGAGCAAGGACUGCGCCAAGUUUCUUAGUGCGUCCUGGUACGCGGCGAGCACCGACGCUUGGUACGAGGAGGACUAUCGAGUGGCCUCAGAGGGCAGCAUCUCAUGGAGCUGGAGGACGAUCGUGCCAGGCGAGUACUUGCCUAUGGAUGGACUGGUUAUUGCCGAAGGCAAUGACCUGUCCGACGACAUUCUGAAGAAGUAUGGCUGCAGUUUGCCCGAGCGCCUUACCGGAGAAGCCGCAAAGAAGUUUGCCAGCGACACGGAGAUGGAUGUGUCCAAAGACGAGCUGGAGUUUGCGCUCAUGCAGUUUGCGCUGGCAGCUGGCGUGCCUAUACUCACCUUCUGCCGCGGAUCGCAGAUGCUCAAUGUCAUGCGAGGGGGGACUCUUAUCGGCGACAUCGAGAGUCAGACGGACAGCAAGAUCAAGCACCUCCGUGAUUCCUCGGAGCCGGACUACGACAGCUUCCGGCAUCCCAUCUCUGUGAAGCCGAAGACGCCCCUGGCGGAGUGGUUCGCAGAUAGCCUUGGCCAACAUGGAGAUCCGGACACGCUGAUGGACGCACGUCUCAACAGACUGGCAAGGUGGCCCUGUUUGGACAUGCUCAGUGCCCUCACAUCCUGUCGUGUAAAAAACACGUGCGACCCGUUGAUGGCCAGGCCCCGCCAAGAACACCACAAUUGCUGGACCUGGCUAAUGUACGUAAAUAGUGUGUUUUACAGUUUGCUGGCACGUUAUGGAACCUACCCAGGAGCUGGAAAUGCGGAAGGCGCUGCAAGUUAA